AUGAAAUGCUUUUCGCCAAAUCCAGUGCAGUUCAAGGCCGUGGAACGGCACAUUGUCACGAGUUCCCGAAACGAGAAUGGUGAGACCCCCGUAGAGAAUGAGCACACUGAAGACGCGGUUUCUCUACAGCCUCCAAUUAAACCGAAACGUCAGACAUUACCGCCAUACCAGUACAAGUCAUUUCAGCAUUCAGCCCCAGUCCCCAGGCUUUCCCAACCCUUAGCGUCAGUCGUGCUUGCCGAAGACAUGCCAUCCACUCAUGACGCGGUCUCCAGAUCCGUUUUGAACAAGCCUGCUAGAACGUCGAUUCCUGCUGCUGAGGCGUCUUCUCCACCAUCUAAGCCGUCGAUUCCCACGGAUGAUGAAGCUGCAGGUGAGAAUUCAACUAAACCAUCCGAAGAUUUCACCAGCCCGAACUCAGCCACACAAUCGCCCACAACUUCAGCUGAGAAGAAAGGAGAAACCGAGGAACAUUCGGUCAUUUCGACUACACAAACCGCUGGGUCUUCAGUGGUGCCGAAAGAACAACUUCGCAGCAUACACUCACACAGAGCGGCUGUAAGCUCCCAGAGAAAACGAUUCCUACGAACACCCCAAAAGUCCAGGAUGAUUGGUGAAAGACCCAAGGUCACUGCUUUAGUACAGGCCUAUGAAAAAAUUUCGAAUCACGGUAACAAUCAUCCAGCCGACACCAUGGCGACACCCUCAUCCAGUGCGCACGUAAUCGCAACCGACGGAAAUUCGGUUCAACGAGUCGAUUACGACUCCACACAAUCAGCAUCCCAACAGUCGACUAUGGCGUCGCCGACUACGGCGACUGAGGACAAUCCUGAUACCUCGCUUCUCCGUACUGUCGAUCGAAAAUACAAGGUCAGUCAAGGGAACGAAGAGGCCAGUGAUCAGGCCCCGCAUUCCCAGGAGUCCACAAGCGCCAGCGGAAGGCUUCUACCUCCGUUCAUUUUCGUCGGUGUGGCCCUUAUACCAACACUGCUGUACUUCAAGUUUUCGCUGCUGGAUGAAAACGUGGACUGGCUGGACGUUGUUACAGAAAUCUGGACGAAGGCAGCUUACGGUCUAUUGAUUCCAUAA